GGGCGCUGGGGAGGGCGUGGCAAGGUGGGAGGCGGGGCGCGCGGCAAGAUGGCGCCGGCGGCGCGGGGGCUGAAGGGUGCUGUGUGGCACAAGCUAAAAUCAUUAGUAUUUGAUGACUGCAGGAAAGAGGAAGAAUGGAAGGUAAUUCUUUUAGAUGACUACACAACCAAAUUACUGUCAAUGUGCUGCAAAAUGACUGAUCUACUGGCACAGGGUAUCACAGUGGUGGAGAACGUAUAUAAAACCCGUGAGCCUGUCCCACACAUGAAAGCAAUAUAUUUCAUAACUCCCACCAAAAAGUCUGUAGAUGGACUUAUUGAUGACUUCAUCACUAAAUCAUCCAGCAAGUACAAAGCAGCAUAUGUGUAUUUCACUGACUUUUGUCCUGACAACCUCUUCAAUAAAAUUAAAUCUUCCUGUGCCAAAUCAAUAAGGAGGUGCAAAGAGAUCAACAUUUCCUUCUUCCCGUAUGAGUCUCAGGUAUUUACUCUCAGUGUCCCAGAUGCAUUCUACCGCUGUUACAGUCCAGCUCUGGAAAAGACAAAGGAUAAAGAUGCUGUCAUGCAAGUAAUGGCUGAACAAAUUGUUACCUUAUGUGCCACACUAGAUGAGAAUCCAGGAGUACGAUAUAAAAGUGGACCAUCUGACAGAGCCAGCAAACUUGCACAGCUUGUUGAAAAAAAACUUGAAGACUACUACAAAACUGAUGAGAGCAGCCAAAUAAAGGCUAAAACCCACUCCCAACUAAUAAUAAUUGAUCGUGGCUUUGACCCUGUAUCAACUGUACUUCAUGAACUCACCUUCCAGGCAAUGGCAUAUGAUCUGCUACCAAUUGAAAAUGAUACUUACAAAUACCAAACAGAAGGAUCUGCUGGGAAGGAGCGGGAAGCGAUUCUAGAGGAAGAUGAUGAGCUCUGGGUGAAGAUUCGGCACAAGCAUAUCGCAGAUGUGAUAGAGGAGAUACCAAAACUUUUGAAAGAAGUUUCAGCAAAAAAAAAAGCAGCAGAAGGAAAAUUAUCAAUAUCUGCUCUGACCCAGCUAAUGAAAAAGAUGCCGCACUAUCGUAAGGAGCUUAGUAGGCAAGUUGUUCAUCUUAACUUAGCAGAAGAUUGCAUGAACAAGUUCAAGUCUAACAUAGAAAGGCUCUGUAAAGCUGAGCAGGACUUGGCUCUUGGAACUGAUGCAGAAGGUCAAAAAGUGAAAGACUCAAUGAGAGUUCUCCUUCCAGUUCUGCUCAACAAAAGUCAUGAGAGCUAUGACAAAAUUAGAGCUAUCCUCCUGUAUAUCUUUAGCACAAAUGGAACUACAGAGGAGAACUUGGACAAGCUGAUCCAGAAUGUACAAAUAGAAAGUGACAGUGAUAUGAUAAGAAAUUGGAAGUACCUUGAUGUUCCUGUUAUCUCUUCACCUGCUGCUCCACAGGAUAAACACCCAAGAAGGGACCGUUCUUCAGAAGAAACUUACCAGCUUUCUAGGUGGACGCCUAUUAUCAAAGAUGUUAUGGAGGAUGCUAUAGAAAACAAACUGAAUUCAAAAGACUGGCCGUAUUCUUCCCAGUGUCCUCCUACCUGGAAUGGUUCAGGAGCAGUAAGUGCACGACAGAAACCUAGAGCUAGUUAUAAAGAGGAACGAAAGACUAGUGCAAGACUGAUUAUAUUUGUGAUUGGAGGAAUUACAUAUUCUGAGAUGCGCAGUGCUUAUGAAGUUUCUGAAGCCCACAAGUCUUGUGAAGUCAUUAUUGGUUCUACUCAUAUUUUGACACCUAAAAGACUACUGGAUGAUGUAAAGAGCCUUAGUAAACUGAAGGAUGUGGUCUGCAUUAAAGAUGAAUAGAAAUGAUGAUGUUUACGAUGCAUUAUGAAAAGAUAAAUAGUAUGUACACAUUCUUACAGAAUCGAUUUUUCUAAACACUGUACCAGGCCAUUGUGUGGUUCUGACUAAUUGAAUGUCACUUUGUAAUUUCAAUUUGCUGCUUUUCUAGGGGAGUAGAAAGAGAAAGGAAAAAAUCAACAUUUGUUUCUUAGGUAGUAUUUGGUACCGAGUUUCUUAGUAUUUGGUACUGUUACACUCUGUGGUUCUUUCAAAAGGACGUGUUCAUUCCUAACAAGUUAUGCUAAAAGUUAUUGUGAUUAUAUAUACACACACAUUGGAGUUGUUUUUAGAACUGUGAAACCUUUCUGUAACAGCUUAUUUCUAAAAAUGACUGAAUUAAAAAGGGCCGAGGUUCUUGGGUUGAGGCUUCAGAAGAAAACUUGUAAAUAUGAAUUUAUGGUAAAAAUAUUUCACACAAGUGCAAUGUCUCAAACUGUAAUAUUUUCUGUAAAAUAACACACUGAAAAUUGUCUAAAUAUAUGUAAGUGAAAAAUCAAAAGGUUGUUUUAGAUGGUGGGUGGGUAGGGUAGAAACUUAAUCACAGAAGUUCCAAUUUCAUUAAAUAACUUUGAAGAAAUGCUGUCAAUUGUGCACUGAAGUACACUUUAUACUCAUGUAUGUUCAGGGAUUACUACUAAAGCUCUUGGAAAAAAAUAUCGUUCUAACUUCUUUUGGAUUGUGUCUCCAUGGUCUGUCUUUUAUAAGUUGAAUUGCCUGUAAAUUCUCUUUUUGAGGAAGUGGGGGUCAGGGAAAAAGAGGAAAAGAAGUGAAGCAGUUGAAUCUUUCAAAUGGCUUGGUAACUUAAAAAAGAAAAGCAAUAAAGCAAACAUAAUACCAAAGUCUGAUGCAUUAAAGAGAACUUACUGUUUUCUACUUUGUUGCAUACCGAGAAAUAAAUGAAGUUGUGUUGAAGGCGAUCUAAUAAAUUCUAAAUUCUAUUUUA